ACUGACGCUCAGACCAGACAGCGCUGCGUUUGAACAGUUCACGAUGCGGUUCCACACAGUGUGGUCGUUGAUAACGCCUGCUCUUUUCGCCUCGCGGUGCUCCGCCAUUCCGGCCGAGUGGUGGUACUCCGUCAAGAUCGCCAACAGCACACUCAGCACUGGGAGACUUGUUGAACUUGUGAAGCUCAGCAAGGAAUCAUGUGUUGCACUGGCCACCCUCUCAACCUGGUGCGACUUAUUUUGCUAUCAGGAUGGCCGGUGCUUGAUCUCCGAGGUCAAGGUGGCAGGAAGCCAGGACGAUUCUUCGCUUGGCCCGACUUUCCCCUGCUGGACUAAACAUGCGUGUCUCUUCCAUGGUGUCGGAUACGAAGAGGAUGAUACUUUUGUCGAUAGAUGUCUACCCUUCAAAUGUCAGAGUCACAAUGUUAUCGUACAGUUGCCGGCUGUUUCUUCGUCCUGUAAUGAAUCCUUCACUGUUGUUCCUGGGGUGGGUUGCGUCUAUCUUCACCCUCACAAAAUGACCUGGUGUGACCCACGUGCCGUCUGCAGAGACUACGGGGGUCAGUUUGUGCCACCUGAGGACUUCCACGCUUUUAGUCAGAGGCUGGCACAUGAUGACGUUGCGUGGAUAGGAGUCAGAGGCCGGCAGUGGACUGACUGCGACGUGGCAGACGAAUCCAGAGAAGACGAAUAUGAUUUUUGGUAUGAGCAGGCGCCGGAUUCAAGCCUUGAUGGACCCUUUGAGCUGAUUUGUGAAAUUUAGCGAACGAAGUGAUAUCUACGUGUCUGUUCUUUUUUUUUUUUUUUUUGAGAGAGAGAGAGAGAGAGAGAGAGAGAGAGAAGUCCCUUGAGUCUUAAUUACUUGCUUGAUUUCGCUCCUUUUCGCUCGCUUUUCAUGUGGAUUUUUGCUUCAUUUGACGUUUUCAUGUUUUUCCCCGUUUUGCCCUUUUCCUCUGCUCCUUCUUUUCCUUAUAUUCCGUUCAUUUUUUUUUAUAGGCAUCUCUUUCUCUUCCUCUUCCUCUUUCUCUUUCGCUUUCGCUUACUUUUUGUCUUUGUCUGUCUUUCUCUUUCUCGUACUCUUUCUCUUUCUCCCUCUCCAUCUCUAUCUAUCUGUAUGUCUAUCUAUUUAUCUAUCUGUCUAUCCAUCUAUCUAUCUAUCUACCUAGUCUAUCAAUCCAAUCUAUCUAUAUAUUUAUCUAUCAUCUAUCAACUCUCUGUCAGUUUGUCUGUCUGUCCGUCUGUCUGUCUGCCUCCUUGCGUGCUUGCCUGCCUCUCUCUCUCUCUCUCUCUCUCUCUCUCUCUCUCUCUCUCUCUCUCUCUCUCUCUCUCUCUCUACACAGACACACACACACACACACACACACACACACACACACACACACACACAUACUCACUCACUCACUCACUCACUCACUCACUCACUCCAUCUAUAUAUCUAUUUAUAUAUCUAUACAUAUAUCUAUUUGUCCCUCUGUCUCUCCCUCUCUCUCUCAUUCAUGAAGGAAAUGAAUAACUAGUGUGUACUAUCAGUAUAUUUUCAAAUAAAUACAAAAUGCAAAAGUUUCGGUAAUUGAUGUUGAAACACU